AUGUACUCUUUCCAGUCUUUCAAGCAUAAAUUCACCGAUAAAGAAGCUGCCAUCAGCGCCGAAUUUAUCAACAAACAUGGAUAUCAAUACCAUAAAGCCCUAGGGGAAAAAGCAUCUUACAACAGGCAGACGACUUGGUUUGAGCCGCCAGAUGUUGAAGAUACUCCGCCUUGCGAUGAUUUAAGAAUCGCUCUUGAAGAAUAUAAUACAACAACGGAGGAGAAAUAUAGACUAAACAUCACAUCUUACAAACUCAAUGAUAUUCUGCUCGAGAUCAUUGAAGCAGAAGAAAAGUAUAAUCAAAAGGGGAAGGGAAUUGUCAGCAAUCCUCGACAGAUAGAAAGGUCUGCAGGAAACUACGCAGAUGCCAUCGGUCUGUGGAUUGCGAAGAAAAACGCCGAUAAUCGUGAGAAAAUCCUCCAGGCCCUACACGAGAUCCCUAGUGUGAUGUUCCAGACUCAAAAACAACAACAUGUCUUUUCUGCCAUUCCCAAGCUGAGGGAUGAGGCUAUAGUUCUAUACAAAGUUCUUGCACACUCGCUAGCAUACCUCAUUGCAACACUCAACCUCAGUAAAUCGGAAGAUAAAUUCAGAUACCAGGCCAAGCGAUUAGGCAAAAAGCUCAACCCAUACCAUACGGCAGCAGAAAUCGACCAAAUUCUCGGUAACAUGGGUACUGCAGUUGGCGAAUUCAACGUAUUCUUGCAGCAGGUACGAGAUGGAUAUCUAGUGAGGACAUACGACAAUAGCAACAAAGUCCUUGCUGGCCUCAGUACUUUAUCAAAGCAGUUUGAGGAGAGUCGUAUAGAGCAACAAGCUAGGCACAAGGAACAAGUUGAUUCUAAAAACUAUCUUCAUCUGUUCUUUUUGUCUGAUCUUCCUGUCGCAGCCUCUCAAUUUCUUCCCGCCUUUCAUACUGCUCAACCAUUCCAACCACAGUCCUUCCUUUCUGAUACCGAAUUAUUCCAUGCACUGCGAGUUCAACUGAAGGAGCCAAUUGAAGACGUUGAGCAAGUAAUUAAACGGUUGGACCAAUUUGAUAUCGCCACUCAAACCCAGGCUCAACAGCUUCUCUCAUCGGAGUAUUUCAUGAAAUGGAUCAAUAACCUCACAGCCGAAACACUCUUUGUGAAGGGUAAUUUUCAAAAGGCCGGUUCUAGUCGCAUUUCUGCACUAUCAGUAUUGUGUGCGACUCUUUCUCUCAAUCUCUCCAAAAACACCAAUUACAUUGUCUUGAACACUUUCUGUGGUCUCCACGGAGCCCAGUGUCAUCCCAAUAUUGGUCCAAACUGGUUGAUUCGAAGUCUUAUCGUUCAGUUACUGCUCACUGGUAUCACAUUCAAUCUCAACUUCAUCAAUACUCGCUCCUUUGCGGAACAGAUCAAGUCACAUGAUCUGCAAGGUCUCUGCAGUAUAUUUCGUCAGCUCAUUGAGCAGCUCCCAAGAGAAGCUAGGAUCAUCUGUAUCAUUGACGAUGUUACCUGGUUUGAGUCAGAGACCUGGAAGAAAGAUUUGAUCGAUGUGCUAUUCAUCUUGAAUCAGAUUGUCCUGAAUGAGUUUUUGAACCCUACAUUCAAGUUACUUCUUACGACUCAGUUUUCAAAUUCGGGGUUUAUUGAAAGCCCCGGUACAAUAUGCUCUCAUUACAUUGUCAAUCUCCUACCUGUGAGGGUAGCUGGUGGUCGAAGGAUUUCAGAAAGGAGCAUAUUUGGGGGAUGUUCCUUGGAAGAAUAUCGAGCGAGAAUGCAGGAGUAUGAAGAAGAUGGUCCGGACUCUAAUGGUGAUGAUGAUGAUGAUGAUGAUGAUGAUGAUGACGAUGAUGCUAUGUUCUUUUGA